GUGAAGUGGAUAAAAAAUCACAGAACUGAAGAGAUGCUUCUUUUUUCAAAGCACAUAACUUCACGCCGCUACACUCCCAUUUUCACCUUUUCCCCUGUCUCUCAUCUCUCUCUGUGUGUCAUCUGAGUUAAACCAUAGGGUGGCGCAUGCAUCAUCUCUCUCUCACACCCUUUCUCUCACUAUAUAUAACACUUCACAUUCACACUGUCACAAGCUCCACGCUGCACAAUAGACACAUAGUGGACCAGGUCAUCACGCCAAACCUCACACGUUGUAGAGUUAUCAGCUACAUACAUUCAUAGAACCCGAAUCUCAAUGACCCUUCUUCACAAACACUGAAAAGGAGUGUGAAUCAGGUGAAGGGUAUCAGAAAUGUUGACUUGCAUAGCUUGUUCCAAGCAGCUUAAUAAUGGAUCUCUUCAACCAGAAGAAGAGGAAGAAGCUGUGCAAACACCCAGCACCAAGCAAGCCAUCAAGGCUCUCACUGCUCAGAUCAAGGACAUGGCAGUGAAGGCUUCUGGGGCCUAUAAGAAUUGCAAGCCUUGUUCAAGAUCUUCCAAUAAUAACAAGAAUCGAAAGUAUGCUGACUCUGAUGUGGGCUCAGAUUCAGCAAGGUUCCACAUGGCCUACCACCGAACUGGUAGCUCCAAUUCAACCCCAAGGAUGUGGGGUAAGGAAAUGGAAGCAAGACUGAAAGGGCUUUCCAGUGGGGAAGGAACACCAGCAUCAGUGAGUGGACGUACUGAGUCAGUGAUGUUAACGGAGGAGGAUGAGCCCAGGGAAUGGAUUGCACAAGUGGAGCCUGGUGUGCUUAUUACUUUUGUUUCAUUGCCUCAGGGUGGGAAUGAUCUGAAGAGGAUACGGUUCAGCCGUGAAAUGUUCAAUAAAUGGCAAGCACAGAGGUGGUGGGCAGAGAAUUACGACAAGGUCAUGGAGUUGUACAAUGUUCAAAGGUUCGAUCAAAAUGCAGUUCCUCUUCCAACCCCACCUAGAUCUGAGGAUGAGAGCUCAAGGAUUGAAUCUGCGAGGGACAGCCCUGCCACUCCUCCUCUCAGUAAAGAGCGCCUGCCCCGUCAUCUUCACCAACCAAUGGGAAUGGGUUACUCCUCAUCAGAUUCACUGGAUCACCACCAAAGGCAACCUCAACCUCGUUAUGAAACAAGCGGUUUAGGAUCAACACCUAAUCUUUCCACCAUUAGUGUGCCAAAGACUGAGAGAUCAUCCAUUGAAGGUUCUGUAAGGACAAGUUCCUCGGGAGAGGAAGAUCGCUCAGGUGAGCUUUCAAUCAGCAAUGCCAGUGAAAUGGAAACCGAAUGGGUCGAACAGGAUGAACCAGGAGUAUACAUCACCAUCAGAGCGCUGCCAGGUGGAGCUAGAGAACUUAGGCGUGUCCGGUUCAGCCGCGAAAAAUUUGGAGAAGUGCACGCCAGAUUGUGGUGGGAAGAGAACCGUGCUAGGAUACAAGAACAAUACUUGUGAUUGUGACUGUAGAAAAGAGCCCCUUACACAGACAACUGCUUCAGCAGGCUAACAGAGUACAACUUGAGAGCUUUACAGUAUUGUGCAUUCUAGAUUCAGUUUCCUCUUUUCCAGUGGAUAAUUUGCAAGUAACUGCAACUUUCAACUUUGGAGUUCACUUUAGCUGUGGAGAAACGCAGGUGUUGGGAAAUAAUUAAAUUAUGAUAGUGAGAUUUUAGUUACAGUUAAACUUGUUAGGGAGAUAGCAUCAGUGUCUUCUUGCAUUGGGAAUUGUCUAGUGUUUUCCAUCUUGUAUGAAUUUUGAACUAUUCCAUGUGAUGUAAUAUGUUUGGUCAAUUGGUUCUAUCAAAAUGGUUAAACUGGAAAUUUUGCAGAAA